AUUUUAUUUUUGCCGUUAUGGUAAAAGACAAACUUAUGCCAAUAUGCAAUCCAAGAGUAGAAAGUAAUAAAAUUAUAUAAAGUUGUGGUGGUUAAUAUUUGUCGGGAAAAAGUAACAAUGAUAGUAACGAAACUUCCCAAGUGAACACUUUUUGCCAUAUAUAUUGUACGAGUUUCCAGUAAAUAUACUCAACUUUUCACAAUGGUACAAAUAUAUAUAGAUUUCAUACGAACAUGGUAUUGUCUCAAAAUUGAUCUUAAAACCAACUUAGCAUUUAUUGCUUCUGUAGUUGUAGUUGGUUACUUUUUUUUUUUUUUUUUGUUCAUGUGCAAAUCUCACGUCAGAAAUCCAUAUUUGCAUAUAAUAAGAUGCAUGGAAAUUUAUUUAUUCAGUUAUAUAUAAUUUUAAACGCUGGAGCUAUUAUAUAGUGAACACACAAGUUGCUAUACUCUGGUGGAAAAUUGGUCGAAAUUAUGAAGAGCUAAGAUUUUUCAGAUGACUGUGUUCUGGAGCUGAAAAUAACAAAACAAAGAAGUUUCAUCAGGGAUAACCAUGGAUCUCUGGCUGAUUUUCUGUGGGAAAUAUGAAUGUUCUCAGAAAGCCGGAGAGAGUUGUACUUCAGCUUUUACAACUUUCCUUGAGUCAUCCUCAUGCACCAACCACAUAUUCGUCAUUUCUGCGGAUAUCCUUCUUCUGAUGAUUCUUGUUUUCCUCUUUUCUACCAAGUUCUCGUCAAGAAAGAGUGUGUCAUCCUCUGAAUUUCAAGGCAAUUCUGUCUUGUCAAGUUGUUCCUACAUUGUCAAUGGCAGUUUAGCUUUAGCAUACUUGUGUUUUGGGACAUGGAAAGUUUCACAGAAAAUCAUCACGGAUCAAACUAUUCUACCUCUCCUUCAAUGGCUGGUUCCGCUGUUACAAGGGCUCGCAUGGUUGCUGCUAAGUUUGUUUUCUAUCAAGAAACAAGAUACUUCUUCACUGGGAAAGUUGUGUCUUUUUCUAGCAAGCUUACUAGCAGGAUUUCUUUGCAUUUCAUCCAUGUGGCAAGUAAUUGUCAAAAAGAUAGUGCACACAAAAUCAGUCUUGGACUUGUUACCACUGCCGGGGGUGAUUCUGAUGAUUGUUUCUGCGUCCAAAGGCCAAAAGAAUUUAUGCACUUGUGAACCUCUGUUGGGAGAAGGAACCGAUGCCUGUGGUAAAGUUGAUUCAAAGGAGAAUACAACUCCAUUUGCCAAAGCUGGAGUUUUUAGCACAAUGUCAUUUUUCUGGUUGAAUGAUUUAUUGAAGAAGGGAAAGGAUAAAACUCUAAAUGAUGAGGACAUUCCAGAAUUGAGGCGAGAGGAUCAAGCUGGGACAUUGUACUCUUUGUUUAAGGAGCAACUAAAUAAAAGAAAGCAAAAAAAUUCAUAUUCUCGGCCUUUUGUAUUUUCAACGAUAGUCUUCUGUCAAUGGAAAGCCAUUGUGGUAUCUGGAUUCUUCGGUCUGAUUAAGACAGUGACGGUGUCAAUAGGACCGUUGUUUCUUUAUGCCUUCAUUGAAGUUGCCAAAGGAAAGGGAGCUUUCAAAUAUGAAGGUUAUGUGUUAGCUGGGGGAAUCCUUAUCGCCAAAUGCAUAGAAUCAUUAGCAGAGAGGCAAUGGUUUUUCAGGACUAGAUUAAUCGGCCUUCAAAUUAAAUCUUUGCUUACUGCAGCUAUAUAUGAUAAGCAACUCCGGCUUUCAAACACUGCUAAGAGUACUCAUUCAUCUGGUGAGAUAAUAAACUAUGCCACGGUUGAUACCUAUAAGAUUGGUGAAUUUCCGUAUUGGUUUCACCAAAUAUGGACAACGGGUGUUCAGAUAUGCAUUGCAUUAGUCAUAAUGUAUUAUGCUGUGGGACUGGCUACCAUACCGGCUAUACUAUUAGUGGUAGCAAGUGUGCUAGGAAAUUCUCCAGUGGCCAAAUCACAGCACAAGUACUUGACCGGGCUUAUGGUUGCGCAAGAUAAAAUGCUAAGGGCCAUAACAGAAGCACUUACUAGUAUGAAAGUGUUGAAGUUGUACGCGUGGGAGAAACAUUUUAAGAAUGCUAUUGAAAAGCUAAGAGAAGAAGAAUACAAAUGGUUAUCAGCAGUUCAAAUGCAGAAAGGCUAUUACCUGGUUUUGUUUUGGUCAACACCAAUCAUAGUAUCUGCAGUUACUUUCUGGUCUUGUUACUUACUCAAGGUCCCCCUGAAUACCACUAAUGUCUUCACAUUCCUUGCCACUUUACGCAUCGUUCAGGAACCUAUUAGGUCAGUCCCCGAUAUUCUUGGAGUAUUCAUAGAAGCGAAAGUCUCCUUCACUCGAAUUGAGGAAUUUCUCGAGGCUCCUGAGUUGCAUAACAGACGUAUUGAGAAGAAGUACAAGGAGAAGGAACUUGAGCAUUCCAUAAUUAUCAAGUCCAAUGGGAUAUCAUGGGAUGCGAAUUCGCCUAAUCCUACAGUGAAAAGUGUAAACCUUCAUGUUAAACCAGGGCAAAAGUUAGCAAUAUGUGGAGAGGUUGGUUCUGGUAAAUCAACGCUUUUAGCUGCAAUUCUCGGAGAAGUUCCUUUCGUUGAUGGCCUAGUUCAAGUUCACGGAACAGUGGCAUACGUUUCUCAGAAUGCAUGGAUUCAGACAGGAACAAUAAGGGAUAACAUUCUUUUUGGUUCCAACAUUGAUCAACUCAAGUAUCAAGAAGUACUUGAAAGGUGUUCUCUUGUCAAGGACCUUGAAAUGUUUCCUUUUGGUGACGAAACGAUUAUUGGAGAAAGAGGUGUUAACCUUAGUGGCGGACAGAAGCAGCGAGUUCAGCUGGCACGUGCACUGUAUCAAGAUGCAGACAUAUAUCUCUUGGACGAUCCAUUCAGCGCAGUUGAUGCACAUACCUCAACCUGUCUGUUUAAUGAAUAUGUCAUGGGAGCUCUUUCCGGAAAGACAGUCUUGCUUGUUACUCAUCAAGUAGACUUCCUUCCGACAUUUGAUUCAAUAUUGCUAAUGUCUGAAGGGAAGAUCAUACAGUCAGCUUCCUUUGAUCAGUUGCUUCUUUCUUGUGAAGAGUUUCAAAACCUCAUUAAUGCACAUGGCGACGCAACAAAAAGUGAGAGUAAUGGAGGGUGUUCCCUCAAAGAAACAACCAAAAGCUCCAAAGAAAAUAUACAUCAAUUGUGUGCAGAAGAGCAGCUAAUAGCAGCUGUCGGUGAGCAGUUGAUCAAACAAGAAGAAAGAGAAACAGGAUACACGGGUCUUAAGCCUUAUAAACAAUAUGUUGGCCAAAGCAAUGGAUUUUUCUACCUUCUUUUGGCUAUAUUAUCACACCUCCUAUAUAUGGUUGGGCAGCUUGGACAAAAUCUAUUGUUAGCUGCUGAUUUACAGAGUUCAAGUAUCAGCAAAUUUAAUCUCAUCCUAAUAUACACAUCCAUAGGAUUUGGUAUGUCACUAACUUUGUUCCUUAGGUCCUAUGCAGUGAUUGAUUUAGGCCUCAAGUCUUCAAAAUCUAUUUUUAGUAAGUUAAUAACCUCAAUAUUCCGAGCACCAAUGUCAUUCUACGACUCAACCCCACUUGGAAGAAUACUUAGUCGGUUGUCUUCAGACCUCAGUGUUUUGGAUCUUGACAUGUCAUUUAGAUUCAGUCAAGCCUUGGCCUCAACCUUGACCACAUACUUCAGCUUAGCAAUAUUGGCUGCUCUUACCUGGCCAAUCUUGAUGGUCAUUAUACCAACGAUUUAUAUGACAGUGAUUUUACAGAGAUUCUAUUUUGCUUCAGCAAAGGAACUUAUGAGGAUUGAUGGCACAACUAAGUCAUCUGUUGCUAGCCAUCUUGCUGAAGCGAUAUCGGGAGCAAUGACCAUCAGAGCUUUUGAGGAGGAGGACCGUUUUUGCAAAGAAUAUUUGUACCUUAUUGAUAGAAAUGCCAUUGCCUUUUUCCAUAGCUUUUCAGCAACCGAGUGGUUGAUCCAACGUCUUGAAAUACUCUGUGCCAUAGUUCUCUCGUCCUCAGCCUUAGCCAUGGUCUUGCGUCCCUUCGAAGCUUCUGAUUCAGGAUAUAUUGGCAUGGCUCUAUCAUAUGCUCUUUCGUUAAACGUAUUCCUAGUUUCUUCCGUCCAAAACCAAUGCAUGCUAGAAAAUUCCAUCAUUUCCAUAGAAAGAUUAGAGCAAUACAUGCAUAUUCCCAGCGAACGCCCUGAAAUAAUAGAAGGCAAUAGACCUGCUCCCGGUUGGCCUUCCACCGGUAAAGUUGAGAUUGUUGAUUUAAAGGUCAGAUAUCAACCCAAUGCUCCACUAGUUUUACAAGGCAUUAGCUGUAUAAUUGAAGGUGGAUAUAAAGUUGGAAUUGUAGGCAGGACAGGUAGUGGCAAAACAACUUUUAUAAGUGCGUUGUUUCGCUUGGUAGAGCCAACCGAAGGAAUUAUCAUAAUAGAUGGCCUAAAUAUUUCAACCAUCGGGAUUCAUGAUCUUCGAACUUCUAUAUCGAUCAUUCCACAAGAUCCAACACUUUUUAGCGGGACUGUUAGAUACAAUCUUGACCCUUUGUCAGAGCAUACUGAUCAGGAAAUAUGGGAGGUUUUGAGGAAAUGUCAACUUCGAGACGUUGUUCAUCAAAAAGAAGGAAGACUAGACUCCUCAGUGGCACAAGAUGGAUCAAACUGGAGCAUGGGACAAAGACAAUUAUUCUGUUUAGGAAGAGCAUUAUUGAAAAGAAGGAAAAUAUUAGUGCUUGACGAAGCCACUGCAUCAAUUGAUAAUGCAACAGAUUCCAUAAUCCAGAAAACCAUAAGGACAGAAUUUGAGGACUGCACAGUUAUAACAGUAGCUCACAGAAUCCCAACUGUUAUGGACUGCACUAUGGUUCUUGCUAUAAGUGAUGGGAAGCUGGUAGAAUAUGAUGAACCAAUGAAUCUUAUGAAUAAGGAGAGUUCAUUAUUUAGGCAGCUUGUUAAUGAAUAUUGGACACGUUCUCAAGGGUCGAUAUGAGUCUGGAAUGGAACUCAUGAAUAUGGAUUUUAAGUUAUAUAUACGAUGUAAAUAAAUUUUACAUUAUUAGUGUUGUUAGCCGCUUAUAGUGUGUUAAUUAUCUGUUUUUCGAGUUACCAAUUCAUACCUACUAGACAUUAAUUUACCAUUAGCUUUUAACUAAAAUAGUGUAAAAAAUCUUUACGUUUGAAAAGGCAUGGAUUUGAAUU